AUUUUAUUAUUUAGGUAAAGAUUUCUAUCCUCAAACUCACGAUUUAAAUUUUAAAAUAUAAUGGAUAAACAAAAUAUAAUUAAGGAAAUACAAGUCUCCCCUUUUGUUGAAAGUAGGAUUAGAGAAAUCGAAACAUUAACGAAUAUUAUUAAAAACUCCAAAAAGGGUGGUGGCAGAAAUGUUUUUCAAACUCUUCCCAGGCAUAUGAUUCGAAGGGCUGCAAGUGAAGAUAUACGGAGAAUUCCAAAAUCAUUAAGAAAUAAUGCAUCAAAAAAUUACAUUAAUCAGCUUACUUCUAAAAAAAAUUUUAAUUCAAGAUAUUCUACAAUCAUCAAAAAACAAAAAUUAUAUCGCAAAAUUAGUAGACGUCCUGGUUUAUUGCGAUUACAUUAUGCAAAUAGACAAAAAGGACAUUUGUGGUUAGAAACACAUAUUUGGCAUGCAAAAAGAUUUCACAUGCUUAAAAAAUGGAAUUGGUCAAUUCCCUUUAAACCAAAUGAUAAAUGUUAUAGAGCCUCAUUAAGAGGUGCAAAUCAGGGAUGUAUAGUUCAAGAUAUCUCUUAUUAUAAUUGUAUAGAAAUAACUGGAUCAGUCCUGAAUAUAUCAGAAAAAUUUAAGUGCAUUACAAGUUCUUAUACAGGCUGUUCAUUUGCGCUCCAUGAUGUUACGGCCCCUAAAAAGUUGAUGGAAGAAAAGAUGGCUUUUUUGUAUCACAUAAAUAGUUAUCCCACGAGGGCAAUUGGUCCUGUUCACUAUACCAUAAUACCUAAGGUAGUGGAAGCGAAUCAGACUGAAGAUAUUAAAAAUAAAUCUAGUUCAGAUGACGAAAUGAUUACCGUAUGGAUAUGGAUGCAUCCUGGGAUCUACGAAGAAGUAUUAAACGUUUUAAGUGAACUAUUUGACGUACCACAGAUUGCCAUUGCUCAUACCGCAAAGAUCGUUAAAAACGAAAGUGAAGAAAGGAUCCUGAAAGCCCUGAGGGUAGCCCUCAAUAUAGAAUCUAACACGGAAACGAUGACUAAAUUAGACACCAAACCACUCGAUUGUAAAGACGACUUGCUAAGCCGUAAGACGAAAGCAAAAGGAAAAAUCACUGUUUCCGAAGACUGCAUAUACACUAUUACUAAUUGUGAAACUUAUACCAAUUUUGAACAACAAAAGGAUUUAGGUUCUGAAAAUCAAAACGAUAAUCUUAAAUCGCGUUAUGACGGAUUCGUUAGCGUAAGAUUGUUAAAAAAUAGGAUGAUUCGAUUCAAAUUGAUGGGGAGGAUGACUUUAAAGGUGAUCAUGGAGACGCUCAAACCUGCCCACGAUAUUAUAAUAUCAAGAUUGAAAGAAUAUAAAAAGAAUGAGGAUUCUUCUGGCAAUGACUGGUGGGCGGACUUUUAUCUAUCCAGUGAAGAUCGUGUUAAAGCUCUACAAAGACAGGCAUCAAUUUGGAGAGAUCUGAAGGAAAUCGCUAAUCGUAAAUUGGCCGAGCAUGAUGGAAUAAUCUCCGGCAUGGUAGUCCCAUUGGUAGUCAGGGACCCUAGACUCUUCCGGGCACCUAUCAAAAGAACUAUGAGUCAUUAUAGCAAUACCAAAUCAAACAAGAACAGUAAAGCCAAAUCGAAUUCCCAAAACUGUCAAAAGAAAAGCGAACAGAUUAACGACAUUCAAGUAUCAUCCAAUGGCACCACUGACCAUGGGAAUGGCCAUAAUCCUGAAAUCAAUAUAAAACUUAAAAAAUUGAAAAAUAAUCCUUCCAUAGAUUUCUUGAAAGAUUUGCGCAAUCAUGUUAGCGCUGCUACCUGUCAUUCCCCUUUUUGGAAUAAAGAUGUUAGAGACAAAGUAAUGCUCAACAAAGCUCCGGACCAUGUCCUAAAUAAGAUGAGAGCCAGAAGAAAAUUAUCCGAAUUAAAUAAGAUACCGAAAGAUAUUAAAGACACCGAAACAUAUGUACCUAUGUUAUUAGUCCAUAGGCCAUCGAUUUACUGCGGUUAUGAGGAUUCAAAAGAUGAUCGUAAUCCUACAAAAUUAUCAAAAAGUCAAAAAAUUCUUAGAACCUAUUCCUCGGGCUGGGACCUUGUCGUUCCUUCUAAUUGGGCCACCGCUUUCUGGGUUACUCUAAUCUACGCAGGCGCACUUCCAAUCGGUCUUAAUGAGGAUAAUGCUAUAACUUUCGAAGGUCGCAACCGUUUUAAAUUUCCCGACCAUUACCCUGACACCGAAUGCGGAAAACGUUUCUUGAUAGAUUUAGAAACCUCCAAUUCCAUAAAAAAUGGCAAAAGACCGAAGGCUAAAAGAGUCAAUUACCACAAAACUAGCAACGGAUGUCCCUACAUCGAAAAUCACCCUUUUCGACCUGAUUGGGAAAAUUUGGUGAUCGAUAGUAACAUCGCUUUCGUAAAAUGUCAUAACAACGGUAAAAUUAUUCCGGAAAACGAUGAAAUAAAAAUGGAGAUUGACAAAGUGUCUUCCAAAUCUGACACUGGAUUUUGGGUUUUGAGGGAUCGAGUCUUAUUACGCAAUUUGGCAUUUAGGUUAACCAUGUUUAAUCAUACUACAUCUCAAAACCUUCCUACUACUGUUAAAAAUUCUAAUGUUAAAGGUCCCUUGAUAACGCUGUCAUUAAAAACGUCAGAUUUUAUUGCCCCUAAAAACAAUAUAAUUCAAGAUGUUUCGCAUUUCGAUUUUGAAUCAAUCCAAAAUUCUUCGUUACAAUACCUCGGUUGCUUGAAGUAUAUUAAGGAAUUAUUUAUUGAUGCUGCGAACUAUCCUACCUUAGAGUCAGCCAUUAUACCCGUAGAUGUUGACAUAAUUUAUAGGGGAAACGUACAAAGUGGGAUGCCUAUCUACGCUAAAACCUGCUUUCCAGAAUUAUAUCCCUUGAGAAAUGGCCUAGAAACUAUUAAUGAAAAUGAAUCAAUUGUUGGAAAUUCGAUACCUAAAAAAAUGUAUAAUAAUGUAUCGGAGAACCUGUUGAAUAAUCCUGAAUCGAAUCUUCAAAGCAAGAAAAUGAAACAAAAAUUUCAAUCACAAUCAAAUAAGAAAAAAAUUAAGAUACUUCCCUUGGUUCCUAAUAUCUUUAAAAAAACUAAAGUGUCUAUGAAAGAUUACUUUCCAGAUAAUAAUGGUUUCUAUUGUAUUGGGUUUAUAAGUGGCGGUUCUUAUUCUUACAUUAGGGGUAGGGAAAGCGGUUUUGGGUACAUAUCACUCUCGGCUUUGAAAACUUUUUUAGAAACUCAGUUUAUACAUAAAAUCGAUAAAUUACUAAUUAAUGCUUCUACACCCCAUCAAGAUUUGGGGAUUGGUCAAAUAGUAUUACCCAAAAAUAAAACAGAUUAUAUUAAACUGUGCAAAUAUUACGUUAAAUCUCUUAAUUCGAUAGAUGGAUACACUGCGGUUGAUGUAAAUAUAAAAUUUCAGACAGAUUUCUAG